UCACUCUGAAUUGAUUGAUCUGGUGAGAAUGGCUUACAUUGGUGAAGGCAGUAUACUAAGGUAAUUUUGUAAACACUUUUGUUCACGUUGGUUAAGGCACCUGUUACUUCACAAACAUCGUUUGGUUAUUUAUCAUAGCCUUUGUUGUUUUAACUUGGGUGAAUUUUAACCUACUCUAGCCCACAAAUUUUCAUUUAUAAGAUAUAUAUUUCUUGCUUCAGGCACUUAAAAUAAUGAACCUCUGGGAUACUCUGAUGAUGUAGUUCUUUUUUUUUUUUUUUAAGUGUUUGCAUAUUUCAAGGUUAAUGCUAAUCUUGAUUGAGGUCUGCAGACUUCCUGUAAAGAGCCAGAUAAUAUUUUAGGCUUUGUGGGCCACACCGUCUCUGUUGCAGCUACCCAACUCUGCUAUCGUAGCAUGAAAGCAGCCAUAAGCAACAUGUAAAAAAUGAAUGAGUGUGGCUAGGUUCUCAGAAAAUUUUAUUUAUGAACACUGGAAUUUGAAUUUCAUAUAAUUAAAAAUAUAAAAACCAUUUUUAGCUCACAGACGGUACAAAAACAAGUAGUGCACUCACUGUAGCUUGCCAACCCUCUUCUAGAUCAUAAGUUAUAGCUGCCUGUUAAUCAAAAGAAGUGACUUUUGUUCACUUAUAAUUGGUUUGGAAUAUGAAGGUACUUCUUUCCACCCAAUCAUAAGUGUAAAAAUAACGGGAACUCUCCCUGCCGUGCAUUGGCUUUACGUGAAUUUCCCUAUUCCUUUCUCACAGUCUCGGUUAUCUUUUAAGUAUUCAUACAUUUGAUAGGUGAGGGAACAGGGUGAUGUGCCUGGGGUCACAUACCCUUAAAUUUGGGAGAAUACUAAGAUUCUAUAACUGAAAAAACAGACAUUACGACCACAAACCUAAGUGCAUACAGCUCUGAGACUAGUAAACCGAGUCUCGGCUUCUGUCUUUUGUGAGUCUCCAAGAAUUGGAGUUUCACGAAGUGAAUCUGGUAGUUGAAGUGACUUCAUUAGGUUCAGAAUGGUGUAGUGAUGUGAGCACAAUAUUGUUGAAUUCUGAAUUCCAAAAGAUGGUGUGUACAGAAGCUGUCAGCUGCUUGUUUGUCGUAGGAUGUGCACCCCUCCUAAUCUGAAUGACCCUGAAAGGCGGGUUAACCUGGAAGGGCUUACGUUCCCAGGCCGGCGGGGGCGGGUUGAGGGUGUUGUCCGGGGCGCAGCACUCCGCGGGCAGCGGCCGUGCACGGUGGUGCUCCUUCUUGCAGGUGCUGCUCGUGAGCAGCAGCCGGUACCCGGACCAGUGGAUUGUCCCUGGAGGAGGCAUGGAGCCGGAGGAGGAACCCGGCGGCGCAGCCGUGAGGGAGGUUUAUGAAGAGGCUGGAGUCAAAGGAAAAUUAGGCAGACUCCUGGGCAUAUUUGAGCAGAAUCAAGACCGAAAGCAUAGAACAUAUGUUUAUGUUCUUACUGUCACUGAAAUACUAGAAGAUUGGGAAGAUUCUGUUAAUAUAGGAAGGAAGAGAGAGUGGUUCAAAGUAGAAGAUGCCAUCAAAGUUCUCCAGUGUCAUAAGCCUGUACAUGCAGAGUAUCUGGAAAAACUAAAGCUGGGUUGUUCUCCAACCAAUGGAAAUUCCACGGUCCCUUCCCUUCCAGAUAACAACACCUUGUUUGUGACUGCCGCACAGACCUCUGGGUUGCCAUCCAGUGUAAGAUAGAGAGAACUGGGAGGACCUCCCAUGUGCAGUCUUGUGGGGAGAGGUCUCUUUUAUUUUCCUUGGCAAACAUCUGAAUGACUCUUGCAAACUGUCUGAAUUUGCGAUGCAGGAUUUUCAAACAGUUUGCGUGUUUUUCAGAUGUUUUCAAAUCUUCUUAAAAAAAAAAUGUAAAAUAUUUUAAUAAGCCAAAGCCAUGUGGAAUUUUUUUUAGAUGCCUUAACUCUGCCCCCAACCCACCCCAUCCCCAUUUUAGUUCAUUUUUUUCACAGCAUUUUGUUUUUUGUCCAUUUGACAUCAGUCUGUGGUUUUUGUCAGAUCAGCUUACUUAUGGGUAUAUCUUCUAAAUUAUUUUCUCAUCACAGCAUUAACAUAGUCAACAAAUUCUGUUGUAGAAAUUUACAAAAAUCUUGAUAUUAAAUCUGUUCGAUCUGAAAGCUUGUUUCAUAGGAUCAUAGUUUCAAUUCCUAAAUUCCAGAUUUGGACUAUUUCUGAAUGGUCUAAUAACUAUUUUGACAAAGGACUUUUUGCUAUUUUCAGGAAUUUGUCAACGCAUUUGUCUUAAAUUUUCACAACUGGUAUGUCACUAGCUACCUGAUAAGGCCAGUUACCCCCCAUAACUCACUAGUCCUUUAACACACAGUUUAACUAUAUACCGUUGGUGAUUUUUAGAGGUAUUGUAAGAAAGAUGCAUGUAGUAAAUACAUCAUCAUGAAAAACUGUAUUCAUGGGAUUUGAGUUAGCAUGCUAAAUCGCCAAUUCCCUUUAUCCAUAAUCUCUUUACACAGAAUACUUGAGAACCAUAAUUCCCUCAAGGUAAAUUCCUUUUAAAAGAUUUAUUUCCAGUUUUUUAAUUUACUGACCCUUCUUUAGUUAAACUUAACUGGUUACCAGUAGUGACCACAGGAUUAGUCUAACCUCAAAUGAUAGUCAGUGGUGACUGCAGUGGCCUUCUUGCUGUUCAGCUGUUCCAGACUUAGAUUAUUAGGACACCUGAGAACGUCUCAUCUUUUAUACGUUGCCAAUAAGUACUAUUUAUCCUAUAACUAUUUUGUCUUGUCUUUAUACUCACUCGGAAUCAAGAAUCCCAUUGACACACAGGUACCUUGUCUGAAACCCCUGUACUUUCCCAAACAACCCAGACAAAAACCUUUGAAUAAGACAUGGGGCGGUGGGGAGAGUGAAAGAUCAUUCUGUAUGUAGGCAUUAGCCUUGUAAAUAUUGUACUGGUGAGUACAGAGUAGAAAGUAAGUAUAGUUGUACAUUCUACAAAUUGUUAACCUUUAAAAAUAUAAUUGCUGCUAAGUAGAGUGCUGUUACACUUAAGGAAAAUCGGUGCCACUGUUUUGAAAAAGAUCUUGUGCCAUAAAUGCAGCUGACUAAAUAUAAAUAUUAGUUCACAAAUUAAUGCUGUCAGAGGAAGGAGUAAAGUAGAAAAACUUAACCAGUGACAUUUCAUUCUAAAUUAUGUAGUAUGAUCAAACAUCAUCCAGAAUUUUUAUAUUAUUCUUUGUACAGAGGUUAUGCAUCCUGCGUGUUUUUUAAAAAGGAAACAUUUUAAAUCCACAGAUUGACACUUUCAGUCUUCAGUGGACUUAAGAUUUUGUUGUUUCUCAGUAAUCUCUUAAAUUUCUUUAUAUACCUUAACACAGCAGAGAAACUGGAUUUUGUAUAUAAAAAUGUCCACCUGAAAUGCUAUCACAAGUACUGGGGGAGGGGGAUAUCUUGUAUAUGAUAUUCUUAGAGGUAAUAAUGCAUGAACUUAUUUUAUAAACUCUUGGACUAUGUAUUUGACAUGUAAAAUAUGUACAGUAUUGUCAGCCAUCUCUUAAAAGUGAGCCUAUAAAUAUUGUUGUAUAAUUAUUUUUGGUCAAGAACAUUUGUACUAAGUAGUGCCACUCGGGUCAGGAUUUUCUUCAGUGCCAUUUAGCAAACCAACUGUCUUUAGUCUAUGCAACUAGCAAAAAUUUGUAUGAUGCAACAGAAUACAGUCGUCAACACUUUGAACUUCACACAAGGGAUUCUUCACUAUUCUUCUGGAACCCAGUCUAGCAAAAUGAGAGGAAAGGCCAUAAGGAGAUUUCUGUUAAGGGAGAAAAAGCCUUCAUUUUCAGGCUCAGCAGUUGAAUCUACUAUAGAUAAUAGUGUCUACUAUCUCAACCUUCCAAAGUUUACAGAGUGUUGGGACUCAUUUCUGCUUUCUGUGGGGUAGAUGGAUAAAAUUGGGCAGCUAAAUUUUUCAGUCCCAUGUGCCUCCUAAAUAUAUAGGUUAUAAGUUGACUUGUAGACACAAAGUAGCAAACUAUCCUGAAUAUUUGUUGUUUGGGGGGGGGUUGUGUGUGUGUGUGUGUGUGUGUAUGUAUUUUUUAAUAAACAAGGUGAAAUUUUCUGUCACAUGCCAUUCAAUUUUCUGUCAAACAGUUGUAUAAAGCAGCAAAACUGAAAGCGGGGGAUGAUUGUUGUAUACACUCUAAAUUGCUUUGCAUGGUCUCAUUUGAGAUAAUUGGUGUAAGAAUCUUGACUUUUUAUAUUUGGAAACCAAAUAAAAG